AUGGCCGAUCGAAGACGAGUCAAUGGGCCCGGGAGCUCUACUUUACCGCCCGUCUAUGACGAUGGCGAAUUAAAUGCGGCUUCGCGUCGCCAGCGAGCACCUGAUGCCAUCCGGCCUCUCUAUCUCAAGACGGGGGUAACGCCCUCAGCAUCCGGCUCAGCCUAUCUCGAGAUUGAGCCCAGAGAAGGAGAACACGGCUCAGGCAUGAAAUUGACGUGCACCGUCCAUGGACCCAGAUCCCUUCCACGCUCUGCUCCCUUCUCGCCCUACAUGGUGCUCUCAACCCAUGUCAAGUUUGCUCCAUUUGCCACGAAACAGCGUAGAGGCUAUAUUCGUGACUCCAGCGAAAAGGAUCUCAGCACACACCUGGAGACUGCUCUUCGCGGGGCCCUGAUUGCUGACCGGUGGCCCAAGAGCGGCGUCGACAUCGUGGUCACAAUCAUCGAGGGGGAGUCAACUCGGCAAGACGCGGUGGAGCGGCGAGUCGAGGAAUGGGACGUGAUGAAUGUUUUGGGCGGAUGCAUUACUGUUGCUUCUGCAGCCAUUGCCGAUGCAGGGAUUGACUGCGUCGACACUGUUUCUGGAGGAGUAGCUGCGCUGGUGGCGAGCAAGGAUGGCGACGAUGCCUCGAUAGUGCUGGACCCUGUUGCGCUGGAGCACGAAUCCAUUCUGGCUGCUUGCUGCGUGGCAUAUCUGCCCAACAGAGAUGAAGUCACCAAUCUCUGGUUCAAGGGCCAGCUACCCUCGUCUGCUUCAUACAAUCACCAAUCACUAGUUUCAAGGGCGGUGCAGGCGAGCAGAGGAACACAUGGGUUGAUUUCGGCGUCUUUAAGCGAAGCCAUUAGCAGUACUCAAAGCUAG